UUCCUAGUCCUUGUAGGACCAUUAAACUAUGCAAAAUAUCUAACUUCAAAAGAGCGAUUACCAUCCACCCUCAUCUAUUUCUCACGCUUGGGCUUGACUCUCUAUUUCUCCAUCAGUGUGAGUCUGCAGUCCUUCAUCACCUCAAGGCUCCAUUUCAACAAUUUUUACUAUGUCCACUCAUACUUUGGUUCACUGUCAGCAGGUGCCAUCCAGGUAGUACCUCUAGUAGUGCAUGCUCUAGCAUAC